AUGGCAUUGGAAAUGUUUCCAGGUCUUGUAGAAGAUUUAGGGCUUCAAUGCCUGGUAAGGGUUCCAUACAAGUUCCACAACCAUCUUAGGGCCGUCUGCAAGAGCUGGAAUGCUGUGCUGAGCAGCGCCCACUUCUGUAAAGAGCGACAGCGCCAUAACGAGUGCGAGGAGGGAAUAGCUUUCCUUCACAAACGCCCAGGAGAUGAUUUGGAGCAUAUUAUUGAAGCAAUUGUUUACUACCCACUUGAGCACUGGUGGGAAAAAUUGCCAAGAAUCCCUAAAGAAUUUAAACUACAAUACACACACUAUCAUCGCUGUGUAUACGUUAGUUCAAAACGUCUACUGGUUAUAAUGGGGCUUUACAAUAAAUCUGACAACACAGAAAUUGUUUUGAUAUUUGACUUCUCAUCUCGCAGAUGGCGGCUGGGCCCCGACGUACCUAGUCGACGCUGCUCUUUUGCAUGUGCAGCGUCACCAUCUCCAGAAGGUCUUGUGUAUAUUGGCGGCGGCCUUAAUAGAGCUUAUGAGAAGGGCCUCAGUCCCCAUCUGGUGGAAUCUUAUGUUCUUAAUUUAGAUCAAAACAAGUGGUAUAUUCUUCCUCGCAUGAAUGCUGAUCGACCUCAAGUACGUUGUUAUGGUGCUUUUGUUGAUGGCAAGUUUUACGUAGUGCCUGAUCAUGGGCUGAGUGCACAAAUUUAUGAUCCUCGUACACACUUAUGGAGAACUAUAAAUAUCCAGGGUCGUUGUCCAUAUGUUAAGGAAUUUGAUAAUCACUUUAUAGCUGUUUCUGGGAGGUUUUAUCGCAUUGCCUGGAAAAAGGGAUGGGUAAGCGUGGAGGAAUUUGAUAUUGCAAACAAUACAUCAACUAUAAUAGGAAGAUUUGUUCAGAUGUUUUCUGUUCAUCUCUGUGCUGUUAGAUGGCGUGAUUACAUUUUUGUAUGUGCCAUGGACAUCGACGAGUAUAUUGCUGAUUAUUAUUUUUUUCAUGUUGAGAAAAAGAGAUGGACUUGCGUUCAGAUGCCCAGAGGGUUUCCAACUGGUUGUUAUAUCCAUGAAUUAGCUGCUGUGCAAAUUUAA